UUCAAUUUUACGUGAGUCUGAAUUGCUUGCCCAAAACCCAACUCUUCAUAACAUAACUAACCAUCCCGUCCGUUGGAUUGCGUAAAGCUGUGAUUCGCUGCUUGAAUCCUUCCCAAAAGAACCGGUUUUAUUUCUCGCGCGAUUCUCCCUGCUCGUCAAAUAGCACUGCAUUUUUCAGCUCCCUGUUCCAGCUCUCUCAAUCUAAGCGACGUCGUCCUCUCCCCCCGCUUCUUCAUGGGGGCUCCAUUCCUCGAUCUCUAAGGAAGCACCCCAAAACCCUUUCAGAUCCCAAUCGACUUUAAUCUCAGAUGGCUUCCUGGCUUAAGGCCGCUGAAGAUUUAUUCGAAGUUGUAGAUCGAAGGGCCAAGCUAGUUGUCAGCGAAUAUGCAGAUGAGCAAUCAGAUUCUAAGUCUCCAGCUUCUAGUGGGCAAGGAUCUCAAGGCAAGAGGACAAAAUCAAAAUCUAAGGCUCAAAAGGGACAAGCUGUUCCAUCUCCUGUAAUUAGUGACACCACAAAGGAGCAAGGUGGCGUAUCAGAAGAGUCAGUAGAUGUAACUUCUCCAAGUAAUAAGUUUGAUUCCACAAAGGUUCAAAAGGGAUCAUCGAUCUUGUCUCCUGUUAUUAAUGAUAUUACAAAAGAGCAAGUUGGCACACCUGCAGAACCAGUAGAUGUUGCUACUGUGAGUGAAAAAGUUGAUCUUAAUCUUGUAGCUGAGAAUGACGGGAGUGCUUCUAUGUCUACAAGCCAAGCUAAAAAGGAGCAGCCAGCAACUGACAAAAUGCCACCCUUGUCAGGCACUUCAUCAACAGAAGUGAUAACUAAUGAUGUGAAUAAGCAUGAAAUGGACAAUGUGGAGGUCUUAGUAGAUGAUAAUAAUGCUGGACCUUCCACUCUUUCUGAAACCAUUUCUACAGACGUCCAGCUUCCCAAAGAGAAUGCUUCAGAUAUCCAUGAUGGACAUUCCUCUCCAUCUAACAAAGGGAUUGAAAGCCCCAAUGAAAAUCAAUCAACUGAUACUGGCUUAAUUAUGGACCCUGGAAAUAUGGAUGCUGAUUUAAAAAAGGGUCAAGAGAGAUCUGAAUCUCUGACCUCUGACACUGCUUCUAAUGGUGAUGUUCUUUGUAAAGAUACUGAUUUAAUAGUUCAAUCUAUUGACAAUGGAAAGAGCCAAGAGGAUCAUAAAACUGAAACCGAUAACUCAAAGAAAGUACAAGAUCAACUUGAUGAGGCUCAAGGACUGCUUAAAACAGCAAAAUCUACUGGUCAAUCUAAAGAGGCAAGGUUAGCUCGGGUCUGUGCUGGAUUAUCAUCCCGACUUCAAGAAUACAAAGCUGAAAAUGCACAGCUGGAGGAACUUCUUAGUGCAGAGAGAGAGUUGAGUAAAUCUUAUGAAGCUCGAAUGAAAGAGCUACAGAAAGAUUUGUCUGAAUGUAAAAGGGAAGUAUCCAGAGUAGAGUCAAAUAUGUCUGAUGCCUUGGCGGCAAAGAAUGCUGAAAUUGAUACUCUUGUCAGUUCUAUGGAUGCUGUUAAAAGACAGGCAGCAUUAUCUGAGGGAAAUCUUGCUUCUCUUCAGGCAAGCAUGGAGUCUAUUAUGAGAAGUCGAGAACUGACAGAGACAAGAAUGAUGCAAGCUUUAAGAGAGGAGCUAGCAUCUGCUGAACGAAGAGCAGAAGAGGAGCGUGCAGCUCAUAAUGCUACCAAAAUGUCUGCCAUGGAGAGAGAAGUGGAAUUGGAGCACAGAGCUGUUGAGGCAUCUACAGCCCUUGCAAGGAUACAGAGAAUAGCAGAUGAGAGAACAGCAAAGGCCACAGAACUGGAGCAGAAGGUGGCACUUCUUGAGGUUGAGUGUGCAUCUUUAAAUCAAGAACUGCAAGAUAUGGAAACACGCGCUCGUCGUGAGCAAAAGAAGUCACCAGAAGAAACAAAUCAAGUAAUUCAGAUUCAGGCGUGGCAAGAAGAAGUGGAGCGUGCACGCCAGGGUCAGAGAGAUGCUGAAAACAAGCUUUCUUCUUUGGAGGCUGAGUUGCAAAAAAUGAGAGUUGAAAUGGCUGCCAUGAAGAGGGAUGCUGAGCAUUACUCUCGUCAGGAGCAUAUGGAACUUGAGAAACGCUAUCGUGAGCUAACUGAUCUUUUGUACUAUAAGCAAACACAGUUAGAAACCAUGGCCAGUGAAAAAGCUGCCACAGAGUUUCAAUUAGAGAAGGAAAUAAAGAGGAUUCAAGAAGCACAGGUAGAGGCUGAAAGAAGUCGAGUUUCCCGACGGGCAUCAUCCUCAUCUUGGGAAGAAGACACUGAAAUAAAACCCCUUGAGCCUCUUCCCGUAUAUCAUCGUCAUUUGGUCGGUGCAAGUGCUCAGUUACAGAAGGCAGUGAAACUGCUAGAUUCGGGGGCUGUGAGGGCCACGAGAUUUCUCUGGCGGUAUCCUACAGCUCGAGUUAUUUUGUUUUUCUAUCUGGUGUUUGUGCAUCUCUUCUUGAUGUAUCUGUUACAUCGCCUUCAGGAACAAGCUGACGAAUUGGCUACCAGAGAAGUUGCAGCAUCUAUGGGACUUGCUAACCCUACUUUACCAUGAGCAUCCGGAUGUUCCAGGGCCAAUCGGUUUUACUCUAUUUCUGGCCUUAUAUUUUGAGCAUAUAGCCUAUUUAUCUGCUCAUGAUCGCUCGAUAAUGGCGCAGCAAAUUACCAAGUAUGGAACCCAAAAAUGGCACAUAAUAAGCCCGCAGUCUUGGUUCAUCUUUAGCUAGGCUUUUGAGAAUCUACUGCGCGUUGGGGUUUGGAAAACAGAGUUAGGGGAAGCCGAGCUAUUUUAAGUGGUGGCUGCAUCCCACAUUGUUAGUGUGGCCAGUGGAGAUGAUUGGAUUUAUAAUUGCGUGUUUCGUUCUGUCUCUCUCUGUUUUUUUUCCCCGUUGGUGCACAGAAAUAACAGAGUGGAAGAAAGUUCUUAGGGCCAUUGCCGAUACCGACACUAAACUUGCAUAUAGCAGAUCUUUUUUGUCCUAGGAAAUCUGGUUGCCAUGAUUAUUAUUUCUUUAACCGAAAUGUGAAUAUUCAAUACUGAAAAGGUACCAAAUUUCGGGUUUCUUAUUCUUGUAGCCAUGUUAUAUUAUUAAUAUCACAGCUUCGGAGGCCGAGCUAAAAAGGUUCAGGAGCUUCACUCAAA